GUCAACGUCGACGGAGAAAAGCUCAAGAUGGGAUCCUUACUCAGCCCGGGUUGGGCUGACUUGACUAGAGAAUGUCUCAUCGACAUCUUCUCACGGCUAAGCAUAGACCAAAGAUGGAUCGGGCCGAUGCUGGUCUGCAAGACCUGGAUGAACGUAUGUCAUGACCCGUUAUUCAACACGAUAUUCGAUCUCGAAACUCGAUUUCAGUCAUUCCCUGAGUCGAUCAACUGGUGGAAUCCUGAAUUCGAGGACAAGGUCGAUUCCUUCCUCCGAUCUGUUGUUGACCGGAGCGAAGGCGGUCUCACUGAGAUUCGAGUCAGGCACUGUACAGAUCGCUCUCUUUCUUACGCCGCUGAGAGGUGUCCUAAACUAGAGGUACUUUGGAUAAAGAGCUGCCCUAAUGUCACAGAUGCAUCAAUGACAAAGAUAGCCUCAAACUGUCCAAACCUGAAGGAACUCGACAUGAGCUACCCUUAUGGCAUAUCUCACGAGUCUUUGGUUAUGUUGGGGAGGAACUUCAAUAACCUAAAGAUCCUUAAACGGAAUCUAUAUCCUCGGCUUGAUCCCAACAUGCCCACAAUCAUCGCGCCAUUUGACUAUCUUGCUACAUAUCCUAAACACGCCAAUGUAGAGGCUGAAGUGAUUGGAAGACACAUGCCUCAGCUCAAGCAACUGGAGUUUCGAUACACUACAUUGACUGCUAAAGGUCUUGCUUUGGUUUGUGAAGGAUGUUCGGAUCUUGAGUACAUGGACUUAUACGGGUGUAUAUCAUUGAGGAGCGAGGAGAUAACUAGGUGGACCUCGAGCUUGAUGAGUUAGGAGACCAAAAAGCCGAAUUUCAUGUUCCCAAUGGCGAUUCUACGCAUGUCAAGACCGGAUCAUCCGAGAUAUGGAUGAUCUUCCAGCUUUGGUGCUCUGCUUUCUCUAUAUCAUGUCCGCUUUGAUCUUAAAACAGUUUGGA